CCACACUAAAGGCCACAUAAGCUACUAUGUGACAAGCAAAGAGGAGGAAGAUCCAGCUGUGUUUACCGGGGACACAUUGUUUAUUGCUGGCUGUGGAAAGUUUUUUGAAGGUACUGCAGAUCAGAUGUACCAAUCACUAUGUGUAACAUUGGGUUCAUUACCAAAGCCAACUCGAGUUUACUGUGGCCAUGAGUACACAGUAAGCAACUUGCGGUUUGCAUUAACAGUUGAGCCGGAGAACGAGAAGAUGAAGCAAAAGCUCUCAUGGGCCCAGCUACAACGUCAGGCAAACCUGCCAACUAUUCCUUCAACCAUUGGGGAAGAGCUUGAGACAAACCCCUUCAUGCGUGUUGAUUUACCAGAAAUACAGGCAAAAGUUGGUUGUCGAUCUCCAGUUGAAGCCAUAAAAGAAAUAAGGAGGCUGAAAGAUAAUUGGAGAGGCAGAUGAAGAUUUGUGCUCUGGAGCUUUUUAAUUUGGUGUUUAGACUUUGGCUUGGGCAAGAACAUGUAUUCUAAAUGAGUGUUUGUAUGUCUUUAUGUGGUAACGAGACUUGAAAAGCUCAGGUUGAACUUUGAAGGCCGUUUGUAUGUUUUGAUGAUGUGUAGGGAUAUGGGUUGUCACCUUUCAGGGGAUAUAAUAUGUCCAAACCUUGAUUUUCUCUAAUAACCAGCUUAUAUCGUUUGUAUAUUAUCACAAAUUA